ACAACCGUUGCGGGAGGACUUUACAACCGUUGCGGGAGGAGAAAGCGAAAUUCCACAAAACAAACAACCAAACUCGAAUUAUAGUCCCAGAGAGGCAAUUUUAAUUUUUGUGCUUGGACAACAACUAGUUUCAGUAAUUACUUUCUUAUCGAUUCAACAACUAGAAUAAUGUCCAUUCCGCUGGACGCUCGUGAAAUAUUAAGCCAUUUGAACCAGCUCGGCUAUCGGCACAUCACUCCGGAGCAGUUGAAAGAAUUUCAGAAAGAUUUACGGAAGUUGAUCAAGUUCGAUACCCGGAUAAGUGGUGGCGGUUGCGGCGCCACCGUGGACCAGGAAGCACUGGCACAAGCCGCUCAACAGAUGAACACAUUCCAACGGUUGCAUACACUCACGACCAUCAGUUAUAAUGCGAAAGUCGCCCGGAAGGGAUCCUCCCAUGUGACGGCCCAAUCAACGACGGCGGCGGCGGAAUCAAAGAGGGACGACCAUCACAGACCAGAGGUUGUGACACCGGUCGAACAGCACCACGAUGGAAAAGAGAACCAGAUGACGACGGCGGUGGUGGGUGGAGGAAAGUCCAAGUCCAAGAAACUGAAAGCGGACAAGGAUAAUCCCGCUGCCAAUAAGAUGUGGAUUCGACCGAGGAGUACCAGUGCCAACAGCUUCCGCAAGAAUGACCCAGUUUCGUUGUACCACGCCUACCAAAAGGAGUGGACUCGAUUCAAGAACCAACUUCCAGGAGAAAACGACCAUUCCGAUCUUCGGUGGCAGAUUCGAACCAAGUUGCUGGCCGAUAGAAAGUCUGCACAUUGAUGAUUAUACUCGUAAGUGGUAAGUUUAACGAAUGCAAAGUUCCGUCCUUUGAACUACGACAUUGAUUCUAAUCGGCUUAUAUUUAGUUAUAAAACAGACAUUAAGACUGACAUUUCGAAUUAAAAAAAAUAAACCGAUCGUAUUCCAUCAAUCUA